UGUAUGAGUGUGUGGACGGGGCUGCCUGAAGUGAGGGAGACUGUGAGAGAGCCGUGUGCUGUGGCUUAUCCUUGUCCUAUGCGGAUUUUACCACUGACUGUCAGGCCGAGCGGCUCGCAUCAUCUAGGGCAGGCCCCCCGUUCAGACACCCCCUUUCAAAGAUUCCUCAAAACGCGCACCGCUGGAGGAUAAUUGUGGUUGCCCUGCUUAGUCAGUUUUAUUUCGGGGGAAUAUUAUCGACGCUGAGGACUUGGGAGAGGUGAAAAGCGGAGAGGCGAGGAUGCUCAGUGGGCAAGGCGAGAGAUGAGCAGUGGGCAUGGGGCAUCUUACAACUCCCGACAGAAAAGAGGAGCCUUCACUGGCAUAGCUACCUCCCCACUCUUCCCCUCCUCCCAUCCACAUUUUCCUCUUCUCCCCCAUUCUUAACCCGUUGACCGUUUGUUUAUCGCCUUCUCUCCCUCCAUAUUUCCCCAUCAUCUGUCACCAUGACAACCUCAGCCCUGCGCAGGCAGGUGAAGAAUAUUGUACACAACUAUUCAGAAGCAGAGAUCAAGGUUCGCGAGGCCACCUCAAACGAUCCAUGGGGGCCAUCCUCGUCUCUCAUGUCAGAGAUUGCUGACUUAACCUUCAAUGUGGUGGCGUUUGCUGAGGUCAUGGGUAUGGUGUGGAAGCGCCUCAAUGACAGUGGCAAGAACUGGAGACAUGUCUACAAGGCCCUGACACUGUUGGAUUACUUGCUGAAGACAGGAUCAGAAAGGGUGGCCCAGCAGUGCCGUGAGAACGCGUUCACUAUUCAGACCCUGCGCGACUUUCAGUAUGUGGAUCGUGAUGGCAGAGACCAGGGGGCCAAUGUAAGGGAAAAAGCACGCCAACUGGUCUGCCUCCUUCGGGACGAGGAGCGGCUGCGCCAGGAGAGGAGUCAAGCCCUUAAGACCAAGGAGCGAAUGGCUGGUGGAGGCAGUGGAGGGGGUGGAGGUGUUUAUGGAGGUAUACCUCCAGCGUACCACCCAGGCAGACGCACAAGUCAGCCCAGCAUGGCUGUGCUAUACGGGGAGGAAUUCAGCCGCUCCAGAGGCUCUCCGUCUUCCUUUAACUCCUCGUCCUCGUCUCCUCGAGCCGCCUCAGACCUGGAGCAGGCUCGACCUCAGACCAGCGGGGAAGAGGAGUUACAGCUCCAGCUGGCUUUAGCAAUGAGCAGGGAGGAGAGUCAGAAGGAGCAGCGCUGUCGCCAAGGAGACGAGUCACUGUUACAGAAGGCCCUGGAUGAGAGCCGGAGAGAGAGCCAGUCAGGGACGCACGAGUCUGCCAUGUUGGAUCUAGUGGACAUAUUUGGAUCCUCAUCUGAGCCCCCUCUGCCACCUAGUGACCCUUGGAACUCUGCUAAGUCCACCAGUAACGUCUCUUCUGACCCGUGGGACUCUGUAGCAGUCCACUCAAGCACUCCUGUGAUUGGUAGCCCCUGGACAGCCCCUCCCUCCUCCAACAACACAUCCAAUCCUUGGGCUACUUGUACCAACUCACGCACAGACCCAUGGGAAGCAGCGCCUGCUUCCUGCAGUCCUGUCAAUCAUGCGUGGGACAGCCCAACAGAUGGAGAUGCUGAUGGGACGGAUCCAUUUGCUGCACAUGAAGAAGAGAAACCUAAACAGGAGAUUCCCGCAGUGUCCUCACCUCAACCUGCAAGUCCCACAGAUGCAGAGUUGUUUGGGACAAAACCAGAGUCUGACCCAUUUUCUGGUCUAGACUCCAAGCAGGACCCAUUUGGAACGGAGCCACCAGUGAAACCCCAGGUAAACGGACGAGAUUCAGCCAGCCCGGAGAUGUUUGACCUGUCACGGCUAGCACCCCCGCUCAGUGCCCCGGCUACACGUGUGUGUCGGACUCCAGAGGCUUUUCUGGGACCUACGGGGGCCUCGCUGGUGAAUUUAGACACUCUGAUACCCCCCAACCCCCCUACAAAGAUGCACAAUAACCCUUUCCUCUCAGGUCUGAGUGCACCGUCUCCUACCAACCCUUUUCACUGCGACCAGCCUCGCCUCACCCUCAACCAAAUGCGACCGUCCUCCACGUCCCCACUGCCCCCACACAUGCUGUCCUACAGCCCGUCGCUGCCCCUUCCACUGCUCCACCAGCCUCCCAUCCUCCCCUCUUCUUUCACACAACCUCCUGCUGGACUCCUGGACCUUCCCUCUAACCUCCCACAGCCCCUGCUUCCCCUUUCUCCACGACCAGCACCCCGCACUCAGUCACAAACACACAGUCACAACCCUUUCCUCUGAGACUCUAACAUCUUGCAAGCUCUGGUCUGCAGAGGGAGACAGAACUGACUCUUUUUGGGUUAAUCUAUGCUAACUGCAAUGAGACUAGUUUAAACGAGCCUGAACUGGGUCCUGGUCUGAUGUCAUUGUGCACACUUGAAGUGGACUCGGAUGGGAUGUAUUUGUGUCUGUGUAAGGACACAACAGCUGCUACUUAACCUGAACUCUUGAAGAAAAGCUCGCUCACGCACACACACACCUAUACAUGCACUCAGGCGCACUUUAGGGUGCACAGACACAAACAUGUACACUGCACCAAACUAACAGGGUGUAUCUCAACAGUCCCUCUAAUGCCUUUUCCCCAUCAAAAGAGACAACUCCAAGUAUCUUUUCAAUCCUGAACUUUUCCUUUAAAAGCCUGGGAUGAAGCCACACUCUUUGAUUGUCUACGAAGCUUCACCAGGAUCCUUACCGCUGCUGCUUCACCGACGAAAGCAUGAAUGCCUUCCCCACCCAGGAUUCCAAACUACGCUACUCUCCUGAGCACCUGAGAUGAGCUCUUGAAAUAGAUCCUCUUUUUUCAACAAGUCGACAUCUAGAGCUUUCUGUCACUUGAGAAAGUCCAAAAGUGUGGUACUGUAAGAUUUAAGAAAGCAUAGACAAGAACUAAUUAAUUCCCUCCCACCUUUACAUUAUAAUAUAUAUUUUGCAUUGCCUUGCUACCUUGCAAUCUCAAUAGCAUCUGAUCCUAAGUUAGCUUGGUUAUUUAUCUUUCAAGAUAAGAAGCCUCAACAUGAUCCUGAUGGAUUCAAAACUGGACUAGCCUAGCCUAAGUUCAAUUGUACAAUCUGGCACUAAAGUGAUCACUUAUUUAACCCCCACCCCCCGUGCCUGUCUCUACAUCUACCCACCAUGCAUUCCUAACCAGUGCAUGCUAGCACCAGUUAGGGGAGGGGUGUACAACUAAUUUUCCCCACAGGCCACAUGAAAAACUGAGACUGUUUGGAGGGCUGUACCGAUAAGCCAAACUCAGUUCUGCUGGGAAAUAAUGUCAACUCUGCAUAUGCUUAUGGGGCGCAGCCCUUCACAACAGUCCCAGUUACUCAUGUGCCCCUUUGGGAAAAUGAAUUGGCCACCCUGAAUUAGGAGGACCUCAGGGAGACUGUCCCUCUUUUAAUGCGAUUCAACCUCACUAAAUAGAAAAGUAUUUGACUUUAAAAAUAAACAGGAGAAUAGGUGAUUUUAUUUUUUUCUGAUUAAAAAACGAUGGGAGGAUGAGAAUAUAUACAAGGAAGAAAGGAGACGUGACGGAACAGAUCUAAAUGAAGUUAUUACAGAUUAUAGAACAAUUUAUUGAGCUGUAGCUCCUCUUCUCCUCUGCUCCUUGUUCAUGUCAGUGUUAGGAACAAGAGAAUCUGAGAUGAAUCAGAGAUGUUUGGUCAUUACUGCACUGAACCUGGACUUGAAUGUGAAAUGCCUGCCUAUAAAUACACACAGGCUUAGUACAUAUGUAUUUAACAGAAUGAUAAUGCUGUAUUAUUAAGUAUUAUACCAAUAAAUUG